AUGAAGAAUCUGAAUGGAUUUACAAUGGAAAAGGAUAUCAAAACAGUACAAAGUUUACAAAAUGUAGAGCAUAUGACCAUCGAUUGGCUCACUGGAAACUUUUACUUUGUGGACCGUGUAAGCGACAGGAUAUUUGUUUGCAACCGUGUUGGGGACACCUGCGUCACCAUUAUAGAUUUAGAUCUGACCAAUCCUAAAGGAAUCGCUGUGGAUCCACUUAUGGGGAUGCUGUUCUUCACUGACUAUGGGAACGUAGCCAAGGUGGAGCGGUGCCACAUGGACGGCACCAACCGAACCAGACUGGUGGAUUACAAGACAGAGCAACCCACAGCCGUGGCCCUAGACUUGGUCAAGAAGCUGGUGUACUGGGCAGACUCCUACUUGGAUUACAUUGAAGUAGUGGAUUACAAUGGGAAGAACAGGCAUGCAGUCAUCCAGCAGAGUCAAGUGUCCUACAUCCAUGGAUUAGCUGUCUUUGAGAACUACCUGUAUGCCACUCAUUCCGACCCCUCCAUUGGGAAUACCAUGGACAUCUUCAAGAUCCAUCGGUUUAACACCACAGAACCCAGGACACUAACCAGCCUGGGGAGUUCCAGAGGAGCAAUACGUGUUUACCACAGACUCACUCAGCCAAAAGUUAGGAGUCACGCAUGUGAGACGGACCUGUAUGGAAAGCCAGGUGGAUGCUCCCACAUCUGUCUGCUGAGCGGUAGCUACAAGUCCAGGACCUGUCGAUGUCGGACAGGCUUCAGUAUGGGGAGCGACGGACAAUACUGCAAAAAACCCAAAAACGACCUCUUCCUGUUCUAUGGUAAAGGUCGGCCUGGGGUCAUCCGAGGCCUGGACAUGAAUGUGAAGUCGAGUGAUGAGCACAUGGUCCCGAUCGAGGACCUGGUCAACCCCAGAGCCAUCGACUACCACACAGAGUCAGGACAAAUCUACUUCGCUGACACCACCAGUUUCCUCAUAGGCCGGCAGAAAAUAGAUGGGAACAGCCGGGAAACGGUACUCAAAGAUGACCUGGACAAUGUUGAGGGGAUCUCUGUGGACUGGAUUGGUAAUAACCUCUACUGGACCAAUGAUGGCUACAGGAAGACUAUCAGUGUGGCCAGACUGGAGAGGGCCUCUCAAACCAGGAAGACUCUUCUGGAGGGGGACAUGUCUCACCCCCGAGCCAUUGUAGUGGAUCCCCUCAACAGUUGGAUGUACUGGACGGAUUGGGAGGAAGAUGAAGUCAAUGACAGCAUAGGAAGAAUAGAAAAAGCGUGGAUGGAUGGCUCUAACAGACGGAUAUUUGUCACGUCUAACAUGCUGUGGCCCAACGGCCUCACAUUGGACCAUGGGACCAGCACCAUGUACUGGUGUGAUGCCUACUACGAUCACAUAGAGAAGAUUCACCUCAAUGGCACUGGCAGACAGGUUGUGUACAACGGCAAACAGUUGAACCACCCGUUUGGAAUUUCUCACUACCGGAACUCCAUCUUCUGGACGGAGUACAUGAACGCAUCUGUUUUCCAGCUGGAUCUUACCUCUGGGGACGUUACUCUACUGAGAAGCGAGAGGCCUCCUCUCUUUGGCCUGCGUGUGUACGAUGGUCAGAGUCAGCAAGGUGACAAUGCAUGCAGAGUGAAUUAUGGGGGAUGCGGUACCCUCUGCCUCUCUAUCCCAGGGGGCCGAGUGUGUGCCUGUGCUGACAACCAGCUCCUGGAGAAGAACAAUGUCACCUGCUUAGUGUCAUCAGGGGGGGUGGAGCCACAGCUCUGUAAGCGCGAUGAGUUUCAGUGUCGUAACCAUCGCUGUAUCCGUGCAUCAUGGAAGUGUGAUGGAGAUGAUGACUGUCUGGAUGGAAGUGACGAGGACCCCCAUAACUGCUCCAACCACAGUUGUCCCAUAGACCAGUUCAAGUGCCUCAAUAAUCGCUGCAUCCCUAAGAGAUGGCUGUGUGACGGAACAAAUGACUGUGGGAACAAUGAGGAUGAGUCCAACACCACAUGUUCAGCCCAGGCCUGUCAGCCCAACCAGUUCUCCUGUCGGAACGGACGCUGUAUCCCCCAGGCCUGGCGCUGCGACCGAGACGACGACUGCGGGGACAUGUCCGAUGAGACUUCCUCCUGUGCAUUCCCGACCUGUGAGCCCCUCACCCAGUUCAGCUGUUCCAAUGGGAGAUGCAUCAGUGUCAAGUGGCAUUGUGAUUCAGAUGAUGACUGUGGAGAUGGUAGUGACGAGGUUGGUUGUGUCCACUCCUGCUCCAACACCCAGUUCCAGUGCUCCAGUGGGAGGUGUAUCCCAGACCACUGGGCCUGCGAUGGGGACAACGACUGUGGGGACUUCAGCGACGAGAACACUACUUCAUGUUCAAUUUCAUUGCCUCCUGUGAUAGAGUGCACCAGGGAUGAGUUCCACUGUACAGCAGAUGGGACGUGUAUCCCAGAGCGCUGGAGGUGUGAUGGAGACAAAGACUGUGAGGAUGGGACUGACGAGAUGUCCUGUGAGGGCACCAAGAGGAUGUGCGACCCCAAGGCCAAGUUCACCUGCAAAGACACAGGAAAGUGCAUCACCAAGAGCUGGGUGUGUGAUGGAGAUAUCGACUGUGAGGAUCGUUCUGAUGAGGAGUCCUGUGAGGCAGCUGUCUGUAAGCCUCCAAAAUACCCCUGUUCCAAUGACACUUCCACUUGCCUCCCACCAGAAAAGAUCUGCAACGGCAAGACGGACUGUGCAGACCUGUCUGAUGAAGGGCCUUUCUGUGAUAAGUGUUUGGUGGCCAAGGGUGGCUGUAGCCAUCAAUGCACAGUGGUACCAGGGACAGGGGUGGUCUGCUCCUGCCCUGCAGGGCUCCAACUGGACCCUAACAACAGGACGUGUGAGGCGGUGGACUACUGCAGUAGGCAUCUGAAGUGCAGCCAGAUGUGUGAGCAGUACAAGACCACCGUCAAGUGCUCCUGCUACCCAGGCUGGAGGCUGGGCCCCGAUGGGGACAGCUGCCACAGCACAGAUCCCUUUGAGGCUUUCAUCAUCUUCUCUAUCCGGCAUGAGAUAAGACGGAUAGACCUUCACAAGCGGGACUACAGCUUGCUGGUGCCAGGGCUCCGGAACACCAUUGCUCUUGACUUCCACUUUAAUCGCAGCCUGCUUUACUGGACAGAUGUUGUAGAGGAUAAGAUCUACAGAGGACGCCUCUCAGGCUCUGGAGGUGUGACAGGGAUUGAGGUGGUUGUGCAGCAUGGGCUGGCCACUCCAGAGGGGUUGGCAGUGGACUGGAUAGCAGGUAACCUGUACUGGAUCGACAGUAACCUGGACCAGAUCGAGGUGGCCAGGCUGAAUGGAGAGAUGAGGACCACACUGAUAGCUGGAGGGAUGGAGCAUCCACGGGCCAUCGCUCUGGACCCAGGACAAGGAAUCCUGUUCUGGACAGACUGGGAUGCUACCUUCCCCCGUAUCGAGGCUGCUUCAAUGAGCGGAGGAGGACGACACAUAGUGUUCAAGGACAUGGAGAUGGGAGCCUGGCCCAACGGACUAACUCUGGAUCAUCUGGAGAAGAGAAUAGUGUGGACGGAUGCUCGCUCUGAUGCCAUCUACUCUGCACUGUACGAUGGCAGUGGGAUCAUAGAGAUCCUGAGGGGACAUGAGUACCUGUCACACCCCUUCGCCGUGUCCCUGUUUGGGGGAAGUGUCUACUGGACAGACUGGAGGACCAACACUCUGGCCAGAGCCAACAAGUGGACGGGCCGUAACGUCACAGUGAUCCAGAAGACCAGCGCUCAGCCCUUUGACCUGCAGAUCUUCCACCCUAGCAGACAGCCACAAGCGUCUAACCCAUGUGAAGAGAAUGAUGGGUGUGGCCCGUGCUCACACAUGUGUCUCAUCAAUUACAACCGUACUGCGUCCUGCACCUGUCCACACCUCAUGAAGCUGUCCCCAAACAAACAAUCUUGCUUCGUGUUGAAAAGAUUCCUCCUGUACGUCAGGCGGUCAGAGAUCCGUGGGGUGGAUAUUGACAACCCUUACAUGAACGUCAUGACAGCACUUACCGUCCCAGACAUCGAUGACGUCACCGUUGUGGAUUACGAUGCCCAGGAGGAGAGGAUCUACUGGGCGGAUGUGAAAACGCAGACCAUCAAACGGGCCUUCAUCAACGGCACCUGGCUGGAGACUGUCAUCUCUGGAGAUAUACUAAACUGCCGUGGGCUGGCUUUAGAUUGGCUGUCUAGGAACUUAUACUGGCUCAGCUCAGAGAAUGACGAGUCACAAAUCAAUGUCGCCCGCCUGGAUGGGUCCCUGAAGACUUCUGUCAUUCAUGGGAUUGAUAAACCAAGGUGCCUUGUCGUGCACCCCGCCAAGGGGAAAAUCUACUGGACAGAUGGCAACACAAUAAACAUAGCCAACAUGGAUGGGAGCAACAGCAAGGUCCUUCACCAGAACCAACGGGAACCAGUCGGUCUCUCUCUAGACUACACAGCCAACAAGCUGUACUGGAUCAGCUCUGGUAAUGGCACAAUCAACAGGUGCAAUGUGGACGGUAGUGGUCUGGAGGUGCUGGAGAGCAUGAAGAGGGAGCUAACCAAAGCCUCUGCCCUGGCUGUUAUGGGUAACAAACUGUGGUGGGCCGAUGAUGAUUCAGCCCAUCUGGGGACGGUGAACAAGAGAGACGGACGAAAUCCUGUGGUUCUGAGGAAUAAGACUAGCGGAGUGGUUCACAUGAAGGUCUACGACAGGGAGGGACAGAGAGGAAGGAACCCGUGUCAGGUGAACAAUGGAGGCUGCUCCCAGCUCUGCUUCCCCACGUCAGAGAACACCCGCAGCUGCUCCUGUACUGUGGGCUACAGCCUUCGCACCGACCGCAUGUCCUGUGAGGGCAUUGAGUCAUUUCUGAUGUACUCCAUCCAUGAGGGGAUCAGAGGGAUCGCCUUGGACCCCAAUGACAACAUGGAGGCUCUGAUGCCCAUUACUGGGACCCUGUUCGCUGUGGGGGUGGACUUUCAUGCAGGUAAUGACACAGUGUACUGGACAGACAUGGGCCUGAACACAAUCUCCAGAGCCAAGAGGGAUCAGACCUGGAGGGAGGACAUCAUUACCACGGGCAUCAGCAGGGUAGAGGGCAUCGCAGUGGACUGGAUCGCUGGUAACCUUUACUGGACAGACCAUGGUUUCAACCUCAUAGAGAUUGCCCGUGUUAGUGGUGCCUACCGUUCAGUAGUCAUCUCCGAGGGACUUGACCAACCUAGAGCCAUCGCAGUUCAUCCACAGAAAGGGUAUCUGUUUUGGACAGAAUGGGGCCAGAGCCCCUGCAUAGGUCGAGCCCGUCUAGAUGGCUCCGAUCAGGUCACCCUGGUCAACUCUGGCAUUGCCUGGCCCAAUGGGAUCUCCAUAGACUAUGAGGAAAAUAGAUUAUACUGGUGUGACGCCCGCACCGACAAGAUAGAGAGGAUCAACCUUGAGACGGGUGAGAGCAGGGAGAUUGUACUGUCAGCGGCCAACGUAGACCUCUUUUCCGUGGCCGUGUUCGGAGCUUACAUCUACUGGUCUGACAGAGCUCACUCCAACGGUUCUAUCCGGCGAGGCUUCAAAAGUGAAGCCAGUGAGGCAGUCACCAUGAGAAGUGGUCUCGGGGUCAACCUGAAGGAUGUGACAGUCUUCAAUAGAGGCCGGGAGAAAGGUACCAAUCCAUGUGCCAGGAGCAACGGAGGCUGUCAGCAGCUCUGCUUUCACCUGGGUAGCGGACGUAGGACUUGUUCCUGUGCCCAUGGCCACCUGGCAGAAGAUGGCUUCGCCUGUGAGCGCUACGAGGGCUACCUGCUCUAUUCUGAGAGAACCCUACUGAAGAGCAUCCACCUCUCAGACGAGAGCGACCUUAACUCACCCGUCCAGCCCUUCGAGAGGCCCGCCUACUUCAAGAAUAUCAUAGCGCUGACCUUUGAUUACCGCCAGAAAACCGGUGGAGGGACCAAUCGCAUCUUCUUCAGCGACAUCCAUUUUGGGAAUAUCCAGAUGAUUAAUGACGACUGGACAGGACGAUCUGUCAUAGCUGAAAAUGUGGGUUCAGUGGAGGGGUUGGCGUACCACCGUGCCUGGGACACUCUGUACUGGACCAGCUCAACCACCUCCAGCAUCACCAGGCACAGCGUGGACCAAAGUCGGCCCGGUUCCUUUAGCAGAGAGGCUGUGGUCACACUCUCUGAAGACGACCACCCCCAUGUCCUCGCCCUGAAUGAGUGCCAAAACCUGAUGUUCUGGACUAACUGGAACGAGCAGCGUCCCAGUAUUAUGAGGUCCACCCUGGCUGGAAACAACAUGAAGGUGAUCGUCAGCACAGACAUUCUCACUCCUAACGGACUCACCAUCGACCACAAAGCUGAGAAGAUUUACUUCUCUGAUGGAAGUCUGGGGACGAUAGAGAGGUGUGAUUACGACGGCUCACACAGAUAUGUCAUUGUGAAGUCAGGACCAGGAACGUUCUUUGGCCUGGCUAUUUAUGGGGAGUUUAUCUUUUGGUCAGACUGGGCUCGCAGGGCCGUGCUGAGAUCCAACAAGUACACAGGUGGAGAAACAAAGGUACUGCGAUCAGACAUCCCCCACCAGCCCAUGGGAAUCAUUGCUGUAGCAAACGACACCAACAGCUGUGAGCUGUCCCCAUGUAGAGUCAAUAACGGUGGCUGUGGUGACCUGUGUCUGUUGACCCCAGAUGGAAGAGUCAACUGUAGUUGUCGGGGAGCACGUGUCUUAUUAGAUGACAACAAAUGCAUUUCAGAGAAUUCCUCCUGCAACAUCCACACAGAGUUUGAAUGCGGAAACGGCGAGUGCAUCAACUAUCAGUUCACGUGUGAUGGAGUAGCUCACUGCAAAGACAAGUCAGAUGAGAAAAUGCAAUAUUGUGACAACAGGAUUUGUAGGAGAGGCUUCAGGGCAUGCUACAACCAGCGCUGUGUGGCCAACAGUCGUUUUUGCGAUGGGGUCGAUGACUGUGGGGAUAACUCAGACGAGGCCUUCUGUAACAAUGUCACGUGCGUGUCGUCUGAAUCAUCCUGCCAAGAUGGGAGCUGUAUCACCGGCUCAGCCUGGUGUAACCAGGUCAUUGACUGUGCUGAUGCCUCAGAUGAAAAGAACUGCAACCACACAGACUGCUCUGACUUCUACAAACUGGGGGUAAAAGAGAGAGUCUUCAUUAGCUGUAACUCCACCUCACUGUGUAUCCACCCCUCCUGGAUCUGUGAUGGAGCCAACGACUGUGGAGAUUACGCAGAUGAGACCAACUGCCAGGGUGAGUCUCUCCUCUUCUCUCCUCUCGGCCAUUUCGCCUGCCCAAGCGGUAACUGUAUCUCCAGUGUGUGGCUGUGUGAUGGACAGAAGGACUGUGAGGAUGGGGCAGAUGAAUUUCAGUGUGACUCCUCUUGCCUGUGGAACCAGUUUGCCUGCUCUAAGAACAAGUGCAUCGCCAAGCAGUGGCUGUGUGAUGGAGAGAACGACUGUGAGGACGGACUGGAUGAGAGUGUGCAGAUCUGUGGUUUGGUGACGUGUGCUCCAGGGUUAUUCAGCUGCCCUGGGUCCUAUGCCUGUGUCCCCAAACACUGGCUCUGUGACGGGGAGAGAGACUGUCCUGAUGGCAGUGACGAACUGGCUGCAGCUGGAUGUGCACCCAACAACACAUGUGAUGACAACUCCUUCCGUUGCCACAACAAAGCCUGCAUCCCCCUGCGUUUUGUCUGUGAUCAUGACGAUGACUGUGGGGAUGGAUCUGACGAGUCACUUGAAUGUGAGUACCGGUCCUGUGGACCUGAGGAGUUUCGCUGUGGGGACGGCCGCUGCCUGCUGAGUGCUCAGUGGGAGUGUGACGCCUACCCGGACUGUCCUGACGGAUCUGACGAGCUGCCCCUGAACCUCAAAUGCCUGGCUGCAGGGAGUCUGUGCAACGGUUCAUUCUUCAUGUGUUCCAAUGGACGCUGCAUCUCUGAAGGGAGUCUGUGUGACAAGAAAGACGACUGUGGAGACAGGUCCGAUGAGAAGAACUGCAACGUGAACGAGUGUCUGAAUCGCAGAGUCAGUGGCUGUACACAGAACUGUCAGGAACUUCCUGUUGGAUACAAGUGCAAAUGUUGGCCUGGAUUCCGGCUGAAGGAUGACGGGAAAACGUGUGUGGACGUUGAUGAAUGUUCCUCCAGCCUGCCCUGCAGCCAGCGUUGCAUCAACACCUAUGGAUCCUUCAAGUGUCUGUGUGUGGACGGCUACGAAGCCCUGGAGCGCAGCCCCAACACCUGCAAGGCUCUCUCAGUGGAGGAACCGUUUCUCAUACUAGCAGAUCAUCAUGAAAUCAGGAAACUGAGUGUGGAUGGAUCAAACUACACCAUUUUGAAACAGGGCCUGAACAAUAUCAUCCACAUAGACUUUGACUACAAGAAGGAGUUCAUCUACUGGAUAGACUCUUCCAGACCCAGUGGACGGAGGAUCAACAGAAUGAGACUUAAUGGGAGUGACCUUAAGAUAGUCCAUCGUACAGCCGUCCCCAGUGCGCUGGCCCUGGACUGGAUAGGGAAGAACCUGUACUGGUGUGACAUCGAGAGGAAGAGCCUGGAGGUGUCUAAAGCUAACGGCCUGUACCCCUCUGUCCUGGUCAGCACUGGUAUCAGGAACCCCACUGACCUGGCCCUGGAUCCACAGUCAGGGUAUGUGUUUUGGGUGGACUGCUGUGAGUCCCCUUAUAUUGGUCGUGUGGGCAUGGAUGGCCGUGGGCAGGUCGUUAUCAUCGACAAGGAGAUCUACAGCCCAACUGCCCUCACUAUAGAUUACACCAACAAGAGGCUGUACUGGGCUGACGACAACCAUAUUCUGUUUGCCAACAUGGAGGGCUCCCAGAGACACAAAGUGUCCUACGACCACAUCCAAGGUGUGAUGGGUCUGACACUGUUUGAGGACUUUGUCUACUGGACGGAUGGGAAAUCCAAAUCACUCCGAAGGGCACAUAAAACAACUGGGGCCCAGGGGAUAGAGCUGCUUAACUCCUGGCAAGCCAUCAAGUCUGUUAAGAUUUACCAUUCACUACGCCAACCUGAAGUGCCCAAGCACCAGUGUCAGGUGGCCAAUGGAGGAUGUAGCCACUUGUGUCUCCUCUCCCCCAGCGGGGAACACAAGUGUGCUUGUCCAACUAAUUUCUACCUCGCCGCUGAUAAUAAAACCUGCCUCUCCAACUGCACUGCAAGUCAGUUUCGCUGCGGGACCGACGAGUGUAUUCCUUUCUGGUGGAAGUGUGACACUGUGGAUGACUGUGGUGAUGGCUCAGACGAGCCUGCUGACUGUCCUGAAUUCAAAUGUCAGCCUGGUCGGUUCCAGUGUGGCACUGGCCUCUGUGCUCUUCCUCCCUUCAUCUGUGAUGGUGAGAACGACUGUGGAGACAACUCAGAUGAGGCUAACUGUGAGACGUACAUAUGUCUGUCAGGGCAGUUCAAAUGCACCCGGAAACAGAAGUGUAUCCCUCUAAACCUCCGCUGCAAUGGACAGGACGACUGUGGAGACGGAGAGGAUGAGACAGACUGUCCGGAGAGCACCUGUUCCCCAGAUCAGUUCCAGUGCAGGGCCUCCAUGCACUGCAUCUCCAAGCUGUGGGUGUGUGAUGAGGACCCGGACUGCACAGACGGGUCAGACGAGGCUAAUUGUGAUGAAAAGACCUGCGGACCUCAUGAAUUCCGAUGUGAGAAUAACAACUGCAUCCCGGACCACUGGAGGUGUGACAGCCAGAACGACUGUGGAGACAACUCAGAUGAGCAGAACUGCAAGCCAUUGACCUGUAACCACAAGGACUUUGCCUGUGCUAACGGGGACUGCAUCUCGGCUCGAUUCCGCUGCGAUGGAGACUAUGAUUGCCAUGAUAAUUCAGACGAGAAGGGCUGUGAGGCUCGGUGUGCCGAGGACCAGUUUCAGUGUCUCAAUAACCUCUGCAUCUCCCUCAAGUGGCUCUGUGAUGGCCAGGAGGACUGCAAGACAGGAGAGGACGAGAGAAACUGCCAGGGAACAGUGCUCCCCGCCUGCUCCUUAAAUGAGUAUGUGUGUGCCAGUGGAGGGUGUGUGUCGGCCAGUUUGAGAUGUGAUGGACAGGACAACUGUCUGGAUGGGUCAGAUGAGGCGGGCUGCGUGAAGGAGUGCAAGGAAGACGAGUUCCUGUGUCUGAACCAUGCCCACUGUAUCCCACGGAGAUGGCGCUGUGACGACAUCUUUGACUGUGUGGACCAUAGCGACGAGGAGAACUGCAGUCAAGGCAUCUUCUUCUGCCGUCCCGAUGAGUUCAUUUGCAACAACACCUUGUGCAAGCUCCACGCAUGGGUGUGUGAUGGCAAGGACGACUGUGGAGACAACUCAGACGAGGACACAGAGAUGUGUGCCAAACUUCCUUGUCCUCCUACACGGCCACACCGAUGUAGAAAUGACCGUGUGUGUCUGCGCCCUGACCAAGUGUGUAACAAGGUGGAUGACUGUGGGGAUAACUCGGACGAGAAGGAAUGUGAGGUGGUGUCUGGCCGACCCAGGCCGUGUGGGAAGGCAGAGUUCACCUGCAGUUCCCAGCGCUGCAUCCCAGCCCAGCUGCAGUGUGACCUCUUCAAUGACUGUGGGGACGGGGGCUCGGACGAGCAGGACUGCAAGGCCUUUUCCCAUGGAGACGUAUGUGGAAAGAAGUCGAACCCAUGUGGGGAGGAUGCAAUUUGCAAUCAGACAAACACAAGUUCAAUAUGUCAUUGUAAAUCUGGCUUUAGGAGAAAUCUAAAGACUGGCCAGUGUGAAGAAAUCAAUGAGUGUCUUGGGUUUGACAUGUGUGCUCACUAUUGUACAAACACUAAAGGAUCCUACAAGUGUACUUGUGACAGGAAUUUUAAGGAAAUCAAUGGAAACUGUAUAGUAAAAGGACCAGAAGAUCGAGUGCUCUACAUAGCUAAUGACACUGAAAUCCGAAGUUUUGUGUAUCCAUUUAACCAGAGCCAUGGACACAAAUUCCUCACUCGCAUCGAGGACAAUGCCCGCAUUAUUGGGAUGGAUGCUCUGUUACACCAACAAAAGUUUAUCUGGGCUACACAGUUUAACCCUGGUGGACUUUUUUACAAAGAAAUCCUAGACAAGAGUCAAAGUAAAACUAAUGUCGGAAACAUAUGUUCAGACUUCCGUAGACCAAGGGAUGUGUCUGCUGACUGGAUUACAGGAAAUAUCUAUUGGACAGACCACUCUCGGAUGCACUGGUUCAGCUAUUACACAGCCCACUGGACUAAGCUCAGAUACUCUAUAAAUGUGGGCCAGCUCAGAGGGCCAAAUUGCACCCGUCUGAUAACUGACAUUGCAGGAGAGCCGUACGCCAUUGCUGUCAACCCAGCCCGAGGGAUGAUGUACUGGACAGUAAUAGGUGAUCAUUCUCAUAUUGAGGAGUCGGCUAUGGAUGGGUCCAUGCGUAGGAUCCUCAUGGAGAAGAACCUCAGGAGACCAACAGGUCUGGCCAUCGAUUACUUUAACCAACGUUUGUACUGGGCUGAUCCUGAGCUCUCCGAGAUAGGCAGUGUGAGAUUGGAUGGGUCGGACCCUCUGGUGGCAAUCAGGGACAGACACGGAAUAUCCCAGCCAUACAGAAUUGACAUAUUUGAAGACUACAUCUACGGGACUGGGCUAAAACACGAGGUCUUCAAAGUUCACAAGUAUGGAAAACAGCCUGUGGAGUUUCUCCACUUGGGUCUCGAGAAAACGACCAAUGUCAUGAUCUCCCACCGAUACAAACAGCAAGAUGUGGUCAACCCAUGCCUGAGAAUGAACUGUGACUUCAUGUGUCUGCUGAACCCAAUGGGUGCCACCUGCACUUGUCCAGAAGGGAAGGUACUGAUCAACGGCUCCUGCAGUGAUGUCAACAUCUCAGGCGAGCUGUGCCGGCCACCGUGUGAGAACGGCGGGCGUUGCCUGGCCAAUGAGAAGGGGGACUGGCGCUGCUACUGCUGGCCUGACUUCUCUGGAGAACGCUGUGAGGUCAACCACUGCACCGACUACUGCUUCAACGGAGGCACCUGCAUGGGCUCACCCCUGGGGAAGCCAACAUGUCGGUGCCCUGUAGGGUUUACAGGUCCGUUCUGUGAGAAGCGGGUGUGUGAUUACUACUGUCUGAAUGGUGGUACCUGUGAUGUCAGCCUAGGGAACCAGCCGGUGUGCCGCUGCAUGGCAGAGUAUACUGGAGACCGCUGUCUUUACCACAUCUGCCACCACUACUGUGUAAACUCCAAGGCCUGUACAUUGUCCAGUAGUGGCCAUGUAGAGUGCGUGUGUCCAGCCAAAUACGAGGGCAACAAGUGUGAGGUGGACAAGUGCCUGAGGUGCCAUGGAGCACCUUGCCUCGUCAACGAUGACACAGGAGAUGUGGUCUGCAACUGUACUAAUGGCAGGAUGGCACCCAGCUGUCAGCUAUGUGACGGCUACUGUUACAACGGAGGUACCUGUCACCUGGACCCUGACACCAAUCUGCCCUUCUGUCACUGCACGUCAGGGUUCAAGAACCAACGUUGUGAUGAGCUGGCCAACCCAUGUGAUUACUUCUGUCAGAAUGAGGGGAUGUGCACUAUCACUGCCCUUAACAAACCACGCUGCAAGUGCUCAGCCAAUUGGGCAGGGACACAGUGUGAAAGGCCCGCCCCAAAAAGCAGCAGAUCGGACAACACCAGUGGAAGGAGCAUAGCCAUCAUCGUGCCUCUGGUCCUGCUGGUGAUCUUGAUCACAACAGUGGUGGCAGGCAUUUUCAUCUGUAAACGAAGGCAGAGGGGGAAGCGGGUGACUAGGCAGCCCAUGACGAAUGGAGGGAUAAACGUGGAGAUAGGAAACCCUUCCUACAACAUGUAUGAGGUCGACCACGACAACCAUGCAGAUGCUGGCAGCCUUCUGCGACCAAACUUUACACUGGACCCUCAUAAGGGCUGGUGUGUGAAGUCCAGUGACCCUCGCACCCUGGGCAUACAUACUGUGCCCAAGGAGGUGAUACCUGGACAGCCCAUGAACUACUCCAACCCAGUGUAUGCAAAGAUCUACCUUGACGGACAGAACUGUCGGAAACCGGUCAUCAAUAUAGACGAGAGGAGAGAGCUACUCCCAAAGAAACUAGAGGGGACAAUUCGCGAAACUGCCGCAUAGCCUGACUUUACACUUUCUACUCCUUUUAUAAGACAGUGUACAAAUGUAUAAAAACAAGAGGAAAAUAAGAAUUUUCUAUUUCCUAUCAGGCUCCGGUCCUCAUGGUUAGGUUUGUUGGUUUUUAGCAUCAGCAUUACCUCCUCAUUUGUGUGCUGAACACUUUUAUUUCAAUUUGUUUAGUUUCUGUUGUUUGCUUUAUGUUUCUCGAACAAUUGUUAUACAGCACUAUAUAGUAUAUACUGUAAGACACUGAAGUAAAGCUGCUGAUUUACAAAAUACCUUAUUAACACCGGAACUCUUCUGUUGUAAAGAAACGUUAAGAUCGAUACAAUACUUAUUUCUGUACCUGUACAUGUCUCUCUCUUGUUAAAGUGGAACCAACAAAUUGUUAUUCUGGUGCAGUAUACAGUACUAACGCAGGUCUCAAUUUUUCUUUUCUGAACAAAUAUCUCAUCUUUUAAAAACAAUAGUAGUUCGAGGUUGGUCAAGUUAUGAUUGCUAUGGUUUCCACUGUCAUUACUUUUCUCGGAACAAAAGCUGUUUAUCUUCGCAAUAACAUGUUAUCAUUUCAUGGCUUCAUACCUGAGUAGUGAAGCUUGUUUUCUGUCUUUGUGUUUGUAUCAUUUGUUUCAGCCAUGAUGAAUACACAGGUUAGUUUUAAGAUAGUCCUUUUCCGUUGACCAUCUAAUUCAGUAUUCUACAGUGUUAUAGCAUCACGUUCAUGUAAUAAUUUCAAACAUAUAUUUGCUCUGCUUCAAAUGGAAGAUAUUUUACUGAGGUGUCUGAAAUGUGUACUCCAUCUACGCAGUUCUGUUUGGAUCACAGAGAUGAUUGAAGCUCAACAUGAAUGUUCUGAGAAUAGUCACAGAUAUAGACGUCCAUAUUUUUUUAGGUCUCUUGUUCCAAAAAAGUAUCUGUAUCUACGUUACGGCAUAAGGAUUUAAACACGGAAAAGGAUUUAACACAACUUUACGGCUACAAUGUGACUUUAGAGAAUUAUAAAAAUACUUUCUGUUACUUUCAGAAAGGGAAAGACGAUAGAUAUAACACAUUUUAUAAUUUUGUAUUUUAUUUGUAUGUUUGGCUGCUUGUAUUUUGAAGAAAUGUAUUAAAUGUAAGUACUUUUAUAUAAAUGUAAAUCAAUAUAAAAUAAAGGGGGCUUAUUUCCAUUUCAAAAUAAAUAUUUUGUUUUUUU